AUGGCCAGGCCGACUCCUCCCAACCCCCCACGAUCGCAGCCUUCUCUCCCCUCCACGAUCGCAGGAUCGGCCUUGACCUCGCGGCAGCGUUCUAGUGUGGUUGUGCAUCGCAAAUCUCCCCUGCUGGUGGCAACGCCGCCGGCCAUCACCAGGGCCCUCGCAUACUCGCAUCCUUUCCUUCUCCCUCUGAACAACCUGGUCGGUCUUCUUACAUGGACAACGGGGGAUCCAUGGCAGAGCUUCUUGCUCGUGGCCACCUUUUGGACGGUGGUUCUGUACAGUGAGGCGAUUAUUCUCCGGGCGGGGCCGAUACUCGUCGUGGUUGGGUUGAUUCUCGGCAUGUAUGGCCGUCGCUAUUCGCCUCUGUCGUCGACCACGUCAACGGGCGAGAAGCAUCGGCGCAAGGCGUCGGCGGAUACUACCCGUCAUCAGAAGAGUUUGGACGAUAUCGUGGAGACGCUGCGCACUUUUACAACACGGUGCCAUAUUCUUCUUGAACCUUUGCUCGAUUUGACCGAUUUCCUAUCUACCCAGCGGACACCUACCUCAGCAACCACCCGUCCGGCCCUAACAGCCCUGUUCAUUCGCAUUCUUUUAGUGACGCCCGUUUGGAUCAUCUUGACCCUCCCUCCAUUCUACAUAAUCACCAUCCGGCGCGUCGUCAUGUGCGUCGGAACUAUCAUCCUCACCUACCAUUCGAGGCCAGCUCGCGUCUCGCGCGUGAUUCUAUGGCGCUCGCGAGCUGUGCGCCGACUUGUUUCUAUGAUCACAGGGUUGUCCGUAGCGGACGGGCCGAACAACAGCCAGAAAUCUGCGGUCCAGGGACAGGGUUUGAAUAUUGCAACUCGGAGACGUGGAAACUCAUCCGGCGUGCGGUUUACAUUUGUGGUAUACGAGAACCAGCGCCGGUGGCUCGGUAUUGGGUGGACCUAUUCCCUAUUCCCAGCCGAACGUGGGCCCUGGACCGAUGAGCAUCUCAACUCUGUCCCACCCAAGGAUAAGUUUGAGUUGCCCGAUGUGCAAACCGGGGAUGCUAAAUGGCGCUGGGUUGAGGGCAGUGAGUGGCGGAUUGAAGGGGGUGAUAACUCGGGCAAUGGAAAAUCGGAUUCCAAGGGUCCGAGUGAGGGAUGGAUCUACUAUGACAACAAGUGGACCGAUGGCCGUCGAGGACAGGACGGUUGGGACCGAUACACACGCCGGCGCAAGUGGUAUCGUGAUGCCGAGCUGGUAGACACCCAACAAGAAGGUCCCUCAGAAACCAUCUCCAACCUCACCCAAGCUCUACAACAAGAUAAAGAGCAAGAAAAUGACAAAAAAGAGUCUGACCCCGAGACCAACAGUCUCUCCCCUCACACAACCUUGAAAACACGGCGUCGACGCUGGUUCGGCAGCAAAGACGGUAGCAAAGAAGGGAGCAAAGACCGCUCCAACAGCGGUAGCUCAUCCAUCGACGCAGGCCGCACAACCGGCGCCAGUUUCGCAGAAGCCACCGGCGAUGCAAGCGGUCGGGGUACGCCCGCACGACCAAUUAGUAUCCAAAGCUCUCGCAAGCCAUCGCAGUAUAGUGUCCGGGAAGGAAGUUUGGCGACGAGCGAUAGUGCUAGUACACGCGAGAAGGACAUGGCUAAUUCGCACGACCGUCACGAUAAGUGGAGUACGCGGGCUGCGGGGGGAACGGAACGUGCUGAACGAGAGAUGGGAUUAAGUGAUGAAGUGCAAAUGGCUCUGAGUUGA